AUGGCAACUGCAACUAGAACAACCGCACGAUCGCGCUCUGCCAAGGCGGCAGCGGCAGCGACGACAACUACCCCGCCACCAGUCAAGAUUGAGACUAAGAAACUGUCCUUUUUCGGUUAUCUGGACAUGAUACCUGGCCUGGCCGUGAUUGUCGCUACCGCGCUCACGUCUUUUGUUACCGGCCUGUUCAGAACUGAGCGUGACUCUAAGACGUACCACCUCCACAUUGCCAACACCAUUCUCCGCAAAGCUACGAAUCGUCUCACCCCGCUGCAGCUACAGGUUGUCUCGCCCAACACGGACAUCAUCUACAAGCAGUAUGCGCGGUCGAGAAAGUUUGAGCCGGAGACUGUGGCCCUGGCCCACGGGGCUCAAGGCCACUGGGUCGGCAACAAGAAUGCCACGAAUGUGCUGAUUUGGUUCCAUGGCGGCGGAUUCUGCCUUCCCGCCAACAUUGGCUACUUCAAGCUCUUUGAGCGCGUGCUCAAGGAGGUCAACGCCACGGGCGGCGAUCUCUGCAUCUUCGCCGUCACCUACACGCUGGCGCCUCACGGCACGUAUCCCGUGCAGCUGACGCAGUCUGUCGAGGCGCUUCGCCAUGUUCUCGAGCAUACCAGCCGCUCCCCGGCAAAUGUCCUCCUCGGCGGCGACUCCGCAGGCGGCAACCUCACGGUCGGCGUGCUCUCGCACCUGGCGCACCCGCACCCGAGCAUCGCCCCGGUGCGCCUCUCGGGCCCACUCGCCGGCGCCGCCACCAUCGCGCCGUGGGUCUCGCUCCAGCCGGACCUGUCCGACCAGGUCAUCUACGACGGCGGCGACAUCGUCACCACGUUUGUGGGCGAGAGGUGGUCGACCGAGUUCAUGGGUGACGCAGAGCCGGACAACUACACGGAUGCGUUUGACGCCCCGGAGAGCUGGUUCGAGACGUUUCCGGUGAAGAAGAUGCUGAUUCUCGGUGGCGAGAAUGAGAUCAUGAUGCCCCUGAUUGAGUUAUUUUAUGAAAAGGUCAAGGCGGGCUUUCCCAACGUGGAACUGUUCAAGGGGAAGGGGGAAUCUCACGUCGCUCCGGUGUACAACAUUUAUGUGGGCGAUGACAGCGAGACUGAGCAGGGUAAGAAGCUGAAAUCCUGGCUGAUUGAGUUGUUGAAAUGA